GCUGUGGUGAAUGAGAUUGAAGAAGAGUUCUUGUUUUGUAUCUCAGUUUCUCUCUUUUUUGACAAAUUGAAUUUAAACAAAUUAGAAAAUAGUACGGAUAUCUCAUACUCUGCUGGGGAGACAGCGUUUGGACAUUUGCAUGAUAAUAUUGUAUCGGGGAUUCGGUUGAGAGGUAUUGGGUUGUUUGUAAAUAUUUAUUUAAUUAAUUUCUGAGGAGAGGAGGACUGCUGCUGCUCAAGUGAGUAGAGGAGAGGAAUUGGAGAGUGGAGGCCAGUCACACUUCCCGAAGGUGAGGUCACACUGCCCGAAGGUGAGGUCACACUGCCCGAAGGUGAGGUCACACUGCCCGAAGGUGAGGUCACACUGCCCGAAGCGGCUCUUUAAUGCUUCAGUUGGAUGGUAUUCAACCUGGAGACGGCGUGAAGGCUGAACGUUUCCUUGGAGCCACUGAAAGACUGACUGGAUCAAUGAUGGAAUUACAAACAUUACAGGAGGCUCUCAAAGUGGAAAUACAAGUCCAUCAGAAACUGGUUGCCCAGAUGAAACAAGAUCCACAGAAUGCUGAUCUAAAGAAGCAGCUUCAUGAUCUGCAGGCCAAGAUCACAGCGCUCAGCGAGAAGCAGAAGAGGGUAGUGGAGCAGCUGAGGAAGGAGCUGCUGUUGAAGCAGGAGCCGGAGGUACUCCAGGCGCCCUGCUCUCACACCCUGCCCACCAGCCUGCCCUCCCCUGGGCUCAAGCAGACUCUGACUGUGACGCCGGUCCUCACCACUAAGCCUCUACCUCUGCUGCUGAAAGCUGCUGCAUCGCCCCCUGCCUCUCUCCUAUCCCAGCGCCCCACCAUCGCCAUGGUCACUGCCCUCAGCAACAACACCAAGCCGGCUGGCAACACAGACUUCCAGAACUCUCCGGUCAACCUUCAGGUGUCCAGCAGGCUGAGCGGUCAGGGUUCUGACCCAGUCAGGCUGAUGUCCAAGAACACGGUGGUGGUUCAGACCACCACCACCACCACCUUCUCUACCCAGCCUAUCAAAGUUCCCCAGUUUGUCCCUCCUCCUAGACUGACGCCUCGACCCACCUAUCAACCACAGGUCCGCCAGAAACCCGCCGCCCCCAACAACGUCCCCAUCGCCCCUACCCCGCCCCCCCCCAUGAUGGCGGCCCCCCAGCUGCUGCAGCGACCUCUGAUGCUGGCCACCAAGCUGAGCCCCAACUCGCUGGCCCCCUCGCUGGCCCCCUCUGCCGGCCCGGUGCACCAGGUCCGCAUCGUCAACGGCCAGCCCUGCGCCGCCGCCGCCGCCCACACCCAGCCGGCAGCGCCCGUGGCGGGCAUCGUCAUCGCCACGCCGGCCUCCUCCGCUCGCCUGGCCACGCCCACCCACACGCUGCAGGUCAGCGGCCUGCUCUCAGACCACAAGGUCCGGACCAUGACUGUUAAGGCUCAGCUGGGCCCAGAACAGAGGCUGCAGGUCACCUCUGCCACCCCCCCUCUCUCUCCUGUGGCCAGGCCACACAGAGAAGACAGCCUGCAGAAAAUUGCCUUCAUGGUGUCUCUUGGACUUGUCACUCAUGACCACCUCGAAGAGAUCCAGAGCAGGAGACAAGAGCGCAAGAGGAGAACCACAGCCAACCCUGUUUACAGCGGAGCAGUGUUUGAGCCCGAGAGGAAGAAGAGUGCGGUGACCUACCUGAACACUCCUCUCCACCAGGGGACCAGGAAGAGAGGUCGCCCUCCUAAACACAGCAGUGUUCCUGAGCUGGCUGUCCAGCCCCCAGCCUCUCCCUCCAGCCGCCCCGCUGCUGAGCGGCCAGACGCAGGCCUCCCCCUCCCUGUCCACCCUCACCCUCUCCCCCUCCCCAGCCCCUGCUCUGGGGACGGAGACAUCCAUGAGGACUACUGCACUGUCUGCAGACGCAGCGGACAGUUACUCAUGUGUGACACGUGUUCACGUGUCUUUCACCUGGACUGCCUGGAGCCACCACUGAAAACCAUUCCUAAAGGCAUGUGGAUCUGUCCCAAAUGUCAAGACCAGAUACUGAAGAAAGAAGAAGCUAUUCCCUGGCCGGGAACGCUGGCUAUCGUCCAUUCCUACAUUGCUUACAAAGAAGCUAAGGAGGAGGAGAAGCAGAAGCUGCUGAAGUGGAGUGCAGAGCUGAAGCUGGAGAGAGAGCAGCUGGAACUGAGAGUCAAGACACUCAGCAGCUCCAUCACGAAAUGCAUGGAGACCAAAAACACCAUCCUGGCUCGGCAGAAGGACAUGCACGGCUCGCUGGAGAAAGUCAGACACCUGCUCCGACUCAUCCAGGCCUUCAGCUUCUCUCAAACCCUGGAGGAAGAAAGCAGCCAUGCCAGCACAGAAGGCCUGGCCAGGGCCAAACUGCUGCCCUCCCAACAAACUUCAGAAGGGAUCCCCUCUGGGGCUCUGGUAGAGGCCACCAGCAGCUCUGUGGACGAGCCACAGGAUGACAUCAAAGAGGCAUCCCCACAGAACGGCUGUGAGGUUGAAGCGACAGUGAGGGAGGAUACGGAACCAGUGGAGGUGGAACAAGUGGAGGUGGAACCAGAGCAGGCAGAACCAGGAAAGAUGGAACCAGGGAAGGCAGAACCAGGGAAGGCAGAACCAGGGAAGGCAGAACCAGGGAAGGCAGAACCAGGGGAGGCAGAACCAGGGGAGGCAGAAUCAGGGAAGGCAGAACCAGGGGAGGCAGAGACUGUAGCCGCAGCAGGUAGCACCCAGGCUGGUGUUCACACCAGUGCCCAGCAGGGGGCGCCCCCAGCAGGGGGCAGCGUUCCACCAGACUCUGCAGCAGCAGACGGAGGUGGUGUUGAGCCAGACGCGCGGGUCGCCACCACAGAGGAGGUCCUGGAGGCCCUGUCUGACGCUCCGGGCCUGGCCAGUCUCCAGGACCCCUCCCUGGCUACCACCAAUGGCCACGCCAGCACCACCCCUCACCUGGCCAGCACCACCCCUCACCUGGCCAGCACCACCCCUCACCUGGCCAGCACCACCCCUCACCUGGCCAACACCACCCCUCACCUGGCCAACACCACCCCUCACCUGGCCAACACCACCCCUCACCUGGCCAGCACCACCCCUCACCUGGCCAGCACCACCCCUCACCUGGCCAGCACCACCCCUCACCUGGCCAGCACCACCCCUCACCUGGCCAACACCACCCCUCACCUGGCCAACACCACCCCUCACCUGGCCAGCACCACCCCUCACCUGGCCAGCACCACCCCUCACCUGGCCAACACCACCCCUCACCUGGCCAGCACCACCCCUCACCUGGCCAGCACCACCCUUCACCUGGCCAGCACCCACGCCAGCAACAGGGACCACGGUCUGAACACCACCGACACCACCUCAGAGAACAACAGUCCCGACAGCAUGGAGCAGAACACUGCAGAGGACAGCACGGAGCAGGCCACUGCAGAGGACAGCACGGAGCAGGCCACUGUAGAGGACAGCACAGAGCAGGCCACUGCAGAGGACAGCACAGAGCAGGCCACUGCAGAGGACAGCAUAGAGCAGGCCACUGCAGAGGACAGCAUGGAGCAGAACACUGCAGAGGACAGCACAGAGCAGGCCACUGCAGAGGACAGCAUGGAGCAGAACACUGCAGAGGACAGCACAGAGCAGGCCACUGCAGAGGACAGCAUAGAGCAGGCCACUGCAGAGGACAGCAUGGAGCAGAACACUGCAGAGGACAGCACAGAGCAGGCCACUGCAGAGGACAGCAUGGAGCAGGCCACUGCAGAGGACAGCAUAGAGCAGGCCACUGCAGAGGACAGCACGGAGCAGAACACUGCAGAGGACAGCACGAAGCAGAACACUGCAGAGGACAGCAUGGAGCAGAACACUGCAGAGGACAGCACGAAGCAGAACACUGCAGAGGACAGCACAGAGCAAAACAUUAACCACAGCCUCAGCAACAACAACACCACCAAACCCUCAGAACCAUCCCAGCGUUCGUUGCCAGCGAUUCUCAACAGUUUGGACCAUAAAGAGUGAUGCUCAGAGUCUCCUGAACAGAACAUGACUCUGCUUGCACCGUGAACAGGUGUCGCUGAAGUUGCCAACAUAUAUACAUGUUAAUUGUUUGCGAUGUAUUGUCAGACUCUGGCCAGCCCUGUCGGAUGUUUCUGGAUGUUGUGAGAUGUUUCUCCGUCACCGUGGUGAUGGGACGGCGUGUGCACCGGUGUCAUGCCACUUUAGAAAAGUUUAGUUUAAAUAUAUAACAUCACACCAGUGUGUGCCUGCAUCAGUUCCCCUCAACUCUCCAGGGUCACUUGGGUUAUCUCCUGUUCCCGGGGAAGCAGGGCAGAGAUUUCCAAAGAUCACACGCUGAACCCAUGACGCUUUUCUCCAGCAUUCCACGGGAGGAAACUGAAACCAAAAGCUUAGCAGAAUUGCAGGAGACAGAUGUUGACCUCUAACAGCAUCAGUAUUUGUCCAGUGGGAAACAUCCAAGGUGUUCAACUGUCUCCGAGCUGGGAAACGAAGGAGCCUUCAAUCCCGUUCCACCUUCCUCCCCACCAACCGGCUCAUCCAGUAAAUAUGACAUAACUAUCGGACCCACUAACACAACACCUCAGGCAAACAGGGAAAGCAGAGUGGCUGUGUGACAUGAUAGGUGAACCUCUGACAGUGCUGACUGAUGGGGGGGGGGGCUAAGAUAAACAAAGGGUUUGGAGACGAUCGUCAUCAUCCAAGAGAGGAGAGGAGGUGAAUCAGGCCUCCCCUGGCAGCCUAAACAUGUUCAGGUGCUGUUGGUCCAGUGAAGUGAUCCAGUUUCAUUUGUCAGUCAGUGUGUCAACUGUGAGCACUAAAUGUGAAAUUGCAAUAUUGCAAUGUCAAAACACACAAAAAGAUGUAUAUAUGAGUGUGUGUUUCUUUUUUAUAGGAAAAGAUAUUCAGGUCUUCCUAGUCUUCAAAAUAAGUGCUUUCUGUUUCAUAAAACAGUUGUUUGUUACAUGUGUUGAACUGGCAUUGUUUGUGCAAGUGAUCCUUUAAUUAAGGUGACCUUCGUCUGGGAAAUGUACAUUUGUGUUGAAUUCUGAACUGCCAAAUGCUAUUGUAUCCAAAUACAGCAGGAACAUGCCCACUUACUGUAUGGAAAGAUCAAUUAAAUAACAGAAUAUAUCUAUGUAUAUAUAUAAACCAGUUUAAAAUUGGAAAUACCCAGAAAGUAAGAAUGUAGGCUUAUUAAACAAUAAAAUAUUUUAUUUUCUAGAAGCUAGAGGUUUUUCUGUCAGCCCAUUGUGCAGGAUGUUGAGAAGGCUGGAUAGAUGCUUCUGUAUGAGGCAUGUGGGAUGCAUCUCUUUACCUUGUUUAUCCUCAACUUGCCAAUAUUUUUGUAUGACUCAACUUGUCUCUUGUGUUCGGGCCGCAGUCUUGAAAUGCGUACUUCAGGAGAAAUGCCCCAACUCAGAUUCUUCCCCUCAGAGCCUGUUUAACCUGGUCAACGAACCUUUUCCAACCCAGCCAAUAGAUAUUUGUCUCCCCUGGAAAUAAUUAUUUGACUGAUUAACAUCCGCUUCUCUUAUUACAACGUUGUAUUGAAUUAUCUAUGAGUUAUUGGUACGUUUGGGAGCCUGUCAGACAGUGUUGUUUUUUAACUAAGUAGAUCAUGAAAUCCCAAGGCAGUUUCUACACCCUUGUGUUCAGGACUAUUUACAAGGCAGUUUCUAAACCCUUGGUCUUCAAACUGUCCAACUUUAUUGCCAUGUUGCAUUUUACACUGUAUACAGCUGACUGCACACAUCAUGUUUACUUCAAACCAUGACCAAUUCACUACAUAUCUGUGGAGACUGUUGGCUGGUGACACCCGAUACAUAGAUCUGUGGAGACGGUGCUUAGCAGACAACAGGAACUUCUAAUUCCAAAUAAUAUAUAUAUUCAUAACAUUUAACAUUUUCACAACAUUCCCUUUUUUUACUAUUCACCUAUGACAAAGAAAAUCAUAUCAACAUGCUGAGCAGUUAUGUUUGUGUUGUGGGAAACGAGCCGUUUGACCAAGAAUUGCAGUCCACACAAAUGGCAAAUUAUUUAGGUGUCAACUUUAACCAAUUAAUUUAUGCUGGACAUUAUCUUAUAGAAGAGUCAAUAACGCUCGUUCUGCUGUAGGUGUAGCACUCAGUCAUAUAUGACCUUCAUCUGAUGUCUUUACAAACGCCUGAUAUUUUGUUACAGAGAAACUGGAUCUUUCCCCUUUUUUAGGUACCUAGAGUGCCUGUCUUCCAAACAGCAUGUUGUGUCUCGUGACUUGCACUGUGACUUGUCUCUUGACUUGCACCGUGACUUGUCUCUUGAUUUGACACUUGACUCUUGACUUGACUCGCACUGUGACUUGUCUCUUGACUUGACACUUGACUCUUGACUUGCACUGUGACUUGUAUUACCAACCCUGCUGAAGCCCUCGGCUGCUCAUGCUGUUCUGUGGUUUCCCACAAACUAUCUGCACAGCACAGAAAACAUCCAAUCAAAACAUUUGGUCUAAAAGAUUAUUCAUUUGACCUGACUGUGUAAUCUGAUCAUUUUAGUAUUUUUGUUAUCCGCCUUAAUUAUAUUUAGUCUUCAGUAGAUUUCAGUGUAACUUUAAGUAGUCUGAGACGUCUAAAGAUGUGGACAUAUCACAGGCUUGUUCAUAGAAAUAUGAUCCUGUUGUGGGAGUGUUGUUGGGAUUGGUCAAUGUGAAGUUAAGGAUUGUUCACAGGAAGUGGACAAGGAAAUGGAACAGAUGUGACCAAUGUUUUUGUGAUGCACUUUUGGUUGGAUUCACCAUAGUAUUUAUUUUUUAUACUGCCCGAACCCCCACCAAUAUGAUCUUUAGUUUAGAUUCUACAGAGGCAUCAUGUCUUACACCUGGUGUUACACCAGUCACCUGUCUGUAUUGUAACUCAGUAUCUUUUUCUUUUGUUGUGCACCUUUAAAAAAAAAAAAGAAAAAAAACAUUUUCUGCCUUUCAUUUUUGUCCAUCUUUGUGUAGGAAUAAGUUACAGAACAUCAGGUCAUGUGACUUCUGCCUGAGCUUGAGUCUGUUUGGAAGAACAAACCAAUCCUGCACCCUGAUUGGACAGACUUCUUAAACCUUUGGCACCAUCUGUCCAAUCAGUACAAUAGAAAGCAUGCCUUCUUAUGCAAGUUUUUAUACAAUGUUUGUCAAACCUUUUUUAAUAUGCAUUUAUUUAAGAUUUAUUUCCAAAUUUUUGUACGUGAAAUCAGUCACUUUGCUUUUUACAUUCUGGCAACAAUGCCGAAACUCUAGUUACGCUACAUACAAUAGAUACAAAUCUAUAUAUACAAUAGAAAAUUCAAGAUUUUGUUACCAACUCCAUUUUGAUGUGGCAUUUUGGCAAUAGUGUGUAAUUCUCUUAUGGCAGUGAGUUGUAAUGCCAUGAACUGUGAAGUUUGUGUAACUGAGAAAAAAAACGAUACAAGGUAUAAGUGUGUCUUGGCUCAUUCUACUCAAGGACCAUUCUUUAUAUUCAAAUUUGCCUUUGCUAGCACCAUGCUGAAUGUUACUGUAGGACAUGGGAGGGGUUGUGGAAAGUGAUCUAUAAAGGGUCUUGUGUCUACAAUUGUUGAGUGCAUUGUCCUGUUUAAAAAAGAAAAAAGUUUUACAAAAAAUA